CAGACCUUCAGCAAUACGUGUGUGAAUCCACACUGACUUGUUGCAUUGCAGAAUCUCUGUAUACUCAAACAGGACACCUUCACAAUAGACAUUCUAAUAUUAGACCCCAUUCUUCAAAUCUGCAGCACUGGACCAUGGUCCGAAACACCAGCUGUAUCAUGAGCAUCCCCUCCAGCGCCAGUGUAGACAGCCAGCUGACCGGACCUUGGGGUUCACACUACACCAGCACAGACGUGCCAACUGUAGCCUCAGGUUUCCCAGGCCGACUGUGGCAGCAGGAGACCCAGCCUCAGUACUGGACUAAGUUCCAGGUGUGGGAGUGGCUCCAGCAGACACUGGACGUUCACCAAAUCGAUGCCACCAGCAUCCCAUUCCAGAACUUCGACAUUGACGGCCGGCAGCUGUGUGCCAUGAGCUUCCAGGACUUCACCAGGGCAGCCGGCAGCGUGGGCCCCCUGCUCUACCAGAGCCUCACAGAGCUCAGGUGGAAUGGUCAGUAUGGCAGUGAGCUCUUUGCACCUCUGGACAUUAAGACAGAAGUAGACGAUUUUUCAUGCUCCAUUCUUCCUUACAAAGAGGAGAGCUGCUUCUACAGCUGCACAAACACAGAUCUUUUCGAAACCAAGGAUCCAUUUCCUUCUUCGAUUGCUGUGUCAACACCGGCUUCUCCUGGUACAGAUACAAAGAAGCUUCACAGCAGACCUCAGACUUCACAGAUGAAAAAACACAAUCCUCGUGGGACACACCUUUGGGAGUUCAUCCGGGAUAUCCUGCUGAAUCCUGAGAGGAACCCUGGGCUAAUUAAGUGGGAGGACAGGUCUGAGGGGGUGUUCCGUUUCCUCAAGUCAGAGGCCGUAGCACAGCUCUGGGGCAAGAAGAAAAACAACAGUAGCAUGACCUAUGAGAAGCUGAGUCGUGCCAUGAGAUACUACUACAAGCGAGAGAUUCUUGAGCGCGUGGAUGGAAGGAGGCUCGUAUACAAAUUUGGAAGAAAUGCUCGGGGAUGGAAAGAAUCAGACAAGUGAUGGCAAUGUAUUAUCUUGAAGCCAUGAAGACUUUAAUUUAUGAUAUGAUACAAUGCAGCUAUCUUUUACUAUGAAGAAUAUUUCUUUGUGUGUUCAUUUGCUUUUUUUUUGGUAUUUGGUGUGCUUUGCGCUUCAUGCGAAAACAUGGACAAUUUUUUUCCACUUUUUUCUUUUGCUCUGUGAAGAUUUUUUUCCAGAGAAUGUUGGAAUGGUUUUUAAUAUGAUGAUAGCCAUCUCUGGGAGGGCAUGCUUGAAACUGAGAAACAAUGGAAAAUGUGGACAAUAAUGGAAACCACACAUGGAUGUGCCCUGCCUACCAAUAAUCCCCAGCAGUGUACAUUUUAUUUAAUCUUUUGUCAAAAUCCACUGUUCUGUGUUAUAUUCUAUGGUUACAAGAAGGUGCUCUGAAUUCAACUUAAGAAUUUAAGAGCUUUUUGUUUGUGUUAUUUCUAUUGAAUCACCACACUAAAUAGGCCAAGUUAAUUUUUUUAAUAUGUUUACAGUUUGAUGUCUCUGUUCUUUCUGAACUAAUGCUAACCCUAAUCCAUUUUUUCACGGGCUUCCUCACAAAAUGAAUCAUACUGUUUGUCACAGAAUAAGCCUUGAUAAAGGUACUGGAUCCAGAUAAAGCUGGAUUUUUCUUAUUUUCGGUGCAUGAGUAGAACAAAUUGUUCAGCCAUAAUGAGAUUGAUUCCAUCAGACAUUUAAAAAAAAAGUGGAAAAUCAAUUAGCUGUUAUAAUCAAGUGAUCAAGAUGGGCUGAAUGGCCAUUUUUUAUUUGUAUUUUUUCAUAUUUUCUUAGUUAGGAUUCCAUAUUCUCUCCCGGUUCACUGGAACAUUAAUUUGACAACUCUGUAAAAAUGAAGGCACCAUACAUGUAUAUAAUAUGCCAAGCACUAUUGACAGUGUGCAAAGCUCACUCUUUAAUACCACCCAAGCUCACAGAACCAAGGCUCCCAAGCCAAUUUCAAUCCAUUUGAUCUCGGUGACAUUUGGCUAACUGCAUCCACUACACUGUUGAAGAAGCAUUACCAGAACUGAAAUUAGUGAUUCCUGACUAUACAGCACAUCUUUCACUUUUAGCCAUUAGGAACCCCCUGGAAAGUAUCUAAAUCAAUAAGAAGAAUUGACUUCUUUCCUUUCUGUUGUUCUUUUAGCAAUAUGUCAGCCAAAGGAAACCAUUAAUUACUUAUGUCCCUAAGAAGGAACAUCGGUCCUAUUCAUUAGUUCUUUAAAUGGCAUGCCAUUUAAACACUGCAGCCUAUUGAUUUUCAAAAAUGACCUGCAUUACUCCUACAUGUGUAUUAUUUAUCAUUGAAAGCAUUUAACUCACACAUCUUGUGAUAAUAAGAUCAAUUCACCAUUAGAAAAAGAGAAUGCAAAUUAUGUUCUUCUUUACUACAGAUGAAAAAUGAUCCCUCUGUUCUUAAAAACAAAUAAUAUCUUGGGUUAUUAUAAUUAAAAUAUAGAUGAUACAAGGCCAUUUAGCCCAUCAUUUCAUUUUUCAGCUGGUAAUUAGUUCCGGAUUCUAACUGUAAGAAAUCUAGCUAAAAACCAAAGAAAAAUGAAGAAUCAGCUCUUAUGUUGGUUAAGUGUUGGAUGAUCAUCGACAUCAAAACAAAUUAACUGAAGGGCAACAGAGAAACUGCUUGCUGAAGGAGGUCUGUCGCAUGUGCCUUAUAAAUGGAUAAAUGUUUUUGUUUGAAGGGACAUAAAAGAGAUAUGGAAUGAAGGGACAUUAAAAGAGAUAUUGAGGAGCUCUAUCCUGAAGAGGGAUUUUGAUCCAACCUCCAGCUGUCUCGGGUGUAUGACAGCCUUCUAAAGAACCUGCUUGCUGCUGGAAGAGGAGUACUGGUCACAUCUUUGCUCUUCAUUUCACUGAUCUUAAAGUGCAGCAUGAAAUUGCCUGGCUGUAGUGCUUGGUGAAGAUUCAGUAGCAUGUAUGAAAAGAGAAAGCAUGGUAACAGGGAUGUUUUUUUUGUCGUUUCCCCCGUGUGAAUCAGACCACCCUGAUUUGUCACUGUUUUCCAGACAAUGUUGCAUUUUGCAGUUUUCAUCAGGUUUGUAAUACAUACCAAAGAUAUGAAUAUUUGAAUAACCUCUACGCACUGAAGGACUGUUGAAGGACACUUGAAAAAGUACUUGCUCCAUUAUGGAGUGCAGAUAUUUCACUUGGCAUUUAGUAGAUUUGUAGCUGUGCCUUAUAACCCUUUACAUUCUUUAAAACCUAGAUCACAUUACCAGAUUCAGAGUGUCGAUUGCUAAACUUCCAAUUGUCUCACAAUAGAAAAAGAUUACAUAAAUGUAUAGAAGAAUAUUGUGUAAUAAGAAAGUCAAUUACACUUGGUUCAGUGUUUUUAAGGAAAAUGUAUAUAUGAGAAAUCUUGCACUUCACACAGUACAAUUUGCCUUUGUUACACCCUUUUCCACAGCACCAGCAGUCACAAAACUAAACCAAUUAAAGGAUAAUUAAAGGAUAAAAUGAUUAAAUUAAAUUAAAGGAUUUACUUAAUAUUCCAAACUCUCCAGUUAACUGUGGCUCAUGAACCUUGAACAGCCACCGAUGUCUGUGUGUUUUUCAGAAAGAGGUGUUUCCCAUUGUAGAAUUAAUUACUUCAGUCCUAUCCUUCUCAAAACAGGGACAAAUUAACCGAACACCUCUACAGUUUGAAGCCAAGUGGGGAAAAAAAAGCAGAGGAUGCAUUCAGGGAAAGCUUUUUUGAAUUGGGAUGAGGUGCUUUACCCAGAAUAAUGAGGAAUGAUAACAAUUUGGAUCAAGUGAAUAUUCUUAGGCCACUGAGUAUCCAAUCAGGCAGACAGUCAAUCUGUAUUUCUUCAAAGGAAACAAAUAUACAGUAGAACUGGGGAAAUGUCUUUUUAAAUGUUAGAGUUUGUAAAGGAUUGUACAGAUGUGAACCAUGUCAUCUUUGAAAUAAAGUAUAUACUGUACAUUA